GCCCGCCAGCCAGCCCAGAAUAAUCAGUUGCCGAUAUCGCACCGAGGUCGUUGCAACACUGUCGAGCCAGUUUGGUCCCGAAGUCCAGGCUUUUUUUCGUUCCUUCUCUUCGUUAUGUAUUAUUAACCGAAAGAUAACACGAUACACGGAACGGACCCUUGCCAAAGCGGGCAGGCAAGACCCUUUUAUAAGAUCUACCCGUUGAUGGAAGAACGACAGCGCAAACCUUCGGAACGUGUCGGGUCAGUGUGCGGUUGACGUUGGUGAACUUUGGGUUGAUUUUAAUCGACGUCCCCAUCAGGAGGAUAUCGCGAGCUUACAAAUUUGCCAGCUGGACGUGCUGCAGUGAACAAAAAGAAAGCGUUGAGCGAAAAAUCGAUUCCUUUAUAGAAUCUGUGAUAAGAAGGCUCCUUUUUCGCCGCAUUGUGGAAACUAAUUAUUUUCGUCAAGUCGCAAGUGUCGUGGUCACGUAGCCUAGUACGUACCAGGGUGAAAGGUAGCGCACUACCUCGUGGUCAAAUAUUUGAUUUGUGCUGUGAUAAUUUUUAAUGAAAAGUCACCUCCGUUCCCAGUUCCCCGCACAAGCUAGAGAUUAGAUUUGGUGAACCGCCGCGAGAGUGUUGUGAAAAUGAACGUUCGCAUCAUUGUGUUGCUUUUCGCCGUCUUUUUGUACGUGCAGGUGUUACGUGCGCAGGAGGAAGAUCCGGUCGCAACGGAUCCGGUACCUCCGGACGUUCGUGUUGUCGUGUCGCACCUUUGUCACUUCAAAAAGCCGCUGCAAGAUCCAACCGACGUUGAUGGCGAUCAGUAUUGCGAUUGUGAUGUACAUAAUUCGGCUACCGGGCUACCGGAGAUUCAGAUCGAUUGUAAGCGGCAUCAGCUAGGGGAUGACUUCUGGCAGGACUAUGAACAGUUGCCGCAGGGUACGAUUCGGCUGGACCUAUCGCAUAACGGUCUAACGCUCGUGCCGCGCCUUAGCGGGGAGAAGCUACGUUAUCUGAACCUCGGACACAACCAGAUAACGACCGUGCCCGAUAAGGUGUUUGCCAAUGUGUCGCUGCUGGAGCAGCUGGAUCUAAGCAGUAAUCGUAUCGAAACGCUCACCACAGACGCUUUGGGUGGGCUUUCCAACAUCAAGCACCUCGAUUUGAGCGGGAAUCGUAUCAGCUCGAUUGAGGUGAAUGCAUUCUCGAACGCACUGCAGCUGAGACAUCUCAUCCUCUCGAACAACUCGCUCGGUACGUUCUUCAACCGUACUGAGGCUGACCUCUACCUACGGCUCGGAGUCACCAACAGGCUGGAAGUUCUGGAGAUGCAACGGUGUAACCUCACCAACAUAAACCUGGCCAGCGGUGUCGGUCUCGAGCGUGCCCUGCUCGGCUACAACCGGAUACAGCAACUGACCAAACUUCCGAAGCAGCUCGCCUACCUCGACCUCAGCGGAACGCCGAUCCGUAGCCUUCCGGCAAAGUUCCUGCCCCAUCUGCUCCAUCUCGAAUCGCUCAUCCUGCAAGACAUGCCCAUCCUCUACACACUGGAGGAGUACGCACUCUACGGGCUACCCCGACUGGCCAUGCUCAAUCUACAAGGCUCUCGUAACCUCUCCUCCAUCCAUCCGCAUGUCUUCGGCCAGAAUGUUGUCCGCAACGAAACCGACACCGAGCUGAAGCGUCUCAUCCUGAAGGGAACCAACAUCCGAACGCUCAACUCUACGCUACAGUUUGCGUUCGAGAAUUUGCGUCUACUGGACAUCCGUGGCGCUCCGCUGCGUUGUGACUGUCAGUUGCGUUGGUUGCGCGAACUGCCGAACCUGAUGACACUCGGCGUCUGCGUCAAACCGAACGCACUGCGCGAGAAGAGAUUCGGCACGGUUGAGCCGCAUCAGUUCCAGUGCCGUGCGGAACAGUUUUGGAUCUACACCAUGUUCAAUGUGCUGCUAGCGAUCCUACUGAUUGUGCUUGUGUCGAUCGGUAUCUUCCUGAUUGUGAGAGCUAUCCGGCCCAAACCGCACGUGCAGAUGAGGAUGGUCGGUGCGACGAGUCCGUAUGCACGCGUUACGAUCGAACCGAACAGGGCAGAGGUGUUGUAGAGAGUGGCGCAUCGACGAGAAGCACCCUUUCCUUGGAACCUUCCCAGUGAUCUGUACAUAGAAAUGACAUAGGAGUUAAAAGUCUGGUGUAAGAUUAAAUGUUUUGUAAGAAUAGACUGUAAAUGUACAUGUAGACUUCUCUUUCUCGAGUGAGCUAGACGUAAGAUACGAAAUUCAAUAAAAUGGAAAAGUUUUAUAUUAAACCACUA